GUUGGGGCGGGAGCGGCAUCGUAUCCGCUUCUACUUUUAGGGCGUGUGCGGUUCUGUUAAAACGGAAUCUCCAAACUGAGAUCGAAUUUAUGAGUUAUCGGACUGAAACGGUAUGAUUUCUUACGGUUCUCUCUGGUGGAAUUUGGCAAUACUUGUUUCGCCUCCCUUCGAUGGCUUUAGACCCACUAUGUAAAAUAUAUUGAUUCUGUUUCAGCCCUCUUCUUCCCUGGUGGCUUCAUUUGUGGGCAUGAACUUAUAAUUUUAAUCCUGAACCUGCCGGGUUUCAGGCUAACUGGAUUGCUAUAAUGGAUGCUGCAAGUGCUGAAAAUGGGGCAGCUGCAACAUCUGUUGGUGAUGUUGGUACUGACUUUGAUGCCGAAACGGAUAAAAUCGUGUUCCUUGAAGGCGAAUCACCCAAUGGGGAGGAUAUUGGAGAUAUCGGCAUUGAUAACAUAACUCUAACCAGGCUGGAGUUAAGUUUAGCCGGUUUCUCUGAGAAAGUUACUAAUCUGAGCAUCUUUAUGAUGCGUCUAGCUACUAUGGAUAGUGAAUUUGAGGCCUUCGCGAUGGAGAAAGAUCACGUGGAACUUGAUUCCGUUGAGAAGGGUCUUGAAUUUGAUCUUUUAUCGGGUAUACUGGAUUCAGAGGUUGGAGAAUUGGAUAAGUUCUUGCACACACUGCGAACUGAGAUUGCUGAUGCUCGACAGAGAACAUCGUCAUGCACCCACUUGGGGGAAACUUUUAUGGUAAUGAAAGAAAACUUGUGUGAUUUUGAGCAGCGUUUGAAGCAGUCUGAAGAGCAGUUUUCUGUAAUCAAGAUGCAAUCGACGAAUUUUCAGAGGAAUUUGUCCUCUUUCAGGAGGGGGAAAACUGGGAGAAGUGACGUGGGUAAAAUCAUCAGAGAGGAUAAUGAAUCUUUAAAUAUGAAUCCAGAGAUAAAUAUGCACACCGCUGAGCAACAAAGGAAUAUCCUGAGGAUGCUAGAGAAAUCCUUGGCAAGGGAAAUAGAUCUUGAGAAAAAUAUGAAUGAUUCACUACAAAUUGAAGAAGAGCUAAAAUUAAGAAUAUCAUCCUUAGAGGAGGAGCUAGUUUAUGCAGAGGAAGAAGCAACUGAUGUAUGGGAAAGAUGGUUUGAAGCAGAUAGUGCAAGUCAGAUCCUGAUGGGGAUUUCGAGAGACUUACUUGGCAGACUCCAGAUUUCUCAGUUCAAGCUGAAUGGUUUUGCUCAGCGUGAAUCUGAGCUUAGAGCUAAACUAGGUCUUGCUAAUUCUGAGGACUCCAUGAUAAGUGAAAAGGUGAAUUCACUCGAGAAGCAGCUAAAACAAUCUGAAUUUCAACUACUGAAUGCAAAGGCUUCUGCUGAUGAAUAUCAGAAGUUAUAUAAUGUUUUGUGUUCUGAUGUAAGAUAUAUGGAAAAUCGUAUUGUAGAACUAAAAAAAAAUGCAUCCAAGGCAGAAAGUAGGGCUAUUAGUGCAGAAGCUGAUAAUAAAUUAUUGGCAGAGAGUAACACUAGACUCAAUGAAGAGCUGGCUCUUUUGAAAGAGAGUGGUGCUGCCAAGGUGGAUUUGCUGGAGAGGCAGCUUAAAGAAUCUGAUCUACGGUUACAGCAUGCCAUAGCAUCUUCUGAAGCCAGUCAGGAGAAACAAGAUAUGUUAUAUUCUACAAUUGAUGAUAUGAAAAAUGUGAUUGGGGAUCUUAAGUCAAAUGUUUCUAAAUUUGAAAGUCGGGCUGACAGUGCAGAGGAGAAGUGUAUUGUAUUAUCUGAAUCAAAUGCUGAGUUAAAUGAGGAAUUAAGUUUUUUGAGGAGUAGAUUGGAAUGUCUGGAGGAAACUCUGCAUCAAGUGGAAAAAACUAAAAUGGCAACAGCAAAAGACAUUGGCAUGCAUGCCAUGAAUUUUAAAACUUUGGUCACUCAGUUGAGUGUUGAGAGAGAGCGUCUCAAUAAGCAGAUAUCUUCCUUAGCAUUUGAAAACAAAAUUUUGGUAGUGAAGCUAGAAAAGACAUAUGGGGGUCCUCCUCAAGAUACUAGUGAUUCUAACAGAGAUAUUGGUUCUUCUGCCAGAGAAAUUAAGGAAGAAGUUUGUGAGACUCCAGUCACUUGCCAUAAGGAGGACAGGGCUGGACAAAAUUUGUCCUCUAAGGAGAACGAAAAGAAGGCUGUGGAGCCCAUGCCUGACAUUGGGACUGUGAGAAGAACAGAUGCGGGAGUUCUUAAUUUCAAGCACUUGCUCAUAGCAAUACUUGUCUCACUUGUUUCAACUGUGACUUUUUUGUGGUUGAAAGGACAAGAAUUUUGAUGUCAGUCCUUGAAAGUACAUUGUUAUGAGGAAUUAUAUUGUAGGUUUUUAAUGCAAAGCAUGUUUUUGGGCUAAGGCAAAGCUAUGGGACUUCUAGUUUUGUGUAUGACUUUCUGCUGUUUUUCUGCUCUUAUUUUUUCUAUCAAGUGUUGUCAGAUUUCUCUACUUUUUUCGGUUUUUCGAUUGUUCGAGUGUAGAAUUAGGCAAUCAGCUUGCCGAAUAGGCGAAAACUGUGAUCUUAAGUUGUUGCCGGAAAGCAAAAACGGAUGCCUUCGUUGACAGUAAUAACGGUUUAUCCAUGUUGUGGAUUUUUUGGUUGGAUUGACA